AUGCUCCGUAAAAGUAUUAUCUUUUGUCUAUUAUCUUCAGUAGCAAGUUUUGAACAUAACGUCAUAGAUUUUUCUUUAGACUUGUUGAAAGCUAGAGAUGUGAAAUCUAUUUGUUUGCUCACUUGCGGGGAUAGGAGUUGGUAUCUAAAAUUUGCAAUAAAUGCCUCAAAAGUAUCAAUUGCUGUUUCUCAUGUUGGAAUUGAUGAUUCUCUGUCAGAUCUAGAUUCAUUAGGUCUAUGCCUAAACCCAGGAUCUAUUGACGUUGGCGUUUUAAUUGAUACUAAAUGUCCACUCUACGAAGAAGUACUUAUAUAUGCAUCUAAGAAACUGUUAUUCAAUGCAUAUCACAAAUGGCUGGUAAUAAAUGUUGAUACUUGGAUGUCUAAUGUAUCAAACUCCGUUGAAAUGAACGAAAACAUGUCACGGUUUAUUGGCACGUUCCAAAAAUUGAAUUUGAGCGUAGAUGCCGACAUCACACUGUCUCUACAGAAAGGAUCCGAAAAUAAUAUUUAUGAAGUGUAUAAUUUCGGCAAAAUACGAGGUGGUGAUGUCGUAGUAAAGAAAGUAGGAAAUUGGAGAAACAAAACAGAUUUGAUAAAUAAUUUGAAUGCUUAUAAGUACUACAGACGAUGGGAUUUUGAAAAUUCGACCAUAAAUUAUGUCGGUGUUAUGUCAACGCCGCCCAGAGAGUUUGACGUGAACAUGCUUAUAGAAGACGUCCCCGCGCCUGGCGUCGCGGUUGUGACUACAAUAGGCACCAGGGUAUUGGUAGAACUAGCGGAGCUACAUAAUAUUAGAUAUAACUAUACGAUCGUAGACAGAUGGAUCGGGAAAUUCGAAAGAAACGCUACGCCGGCGGUUGCUACUUCGAUAUAUUUCAAAGACCAAGACGUUACGCCAGUUCUACGCGUGACAUCGGAGAUUUUCAAAAGAGUGGGCAUUGUAUCGUCGCCUGUGUCAUCUAUUGAGACACGAUACUACUACCGCAUCCCCACCACCGGCCCUGGAAAGUUCGAGAACCAAUUCCUACGGCCGCUGACCAACGGCGUGUGGGGUUGCGUUGUGGCUGUGAUUUUCCUGUGCGCUCUGGUCUUGUUUCUGACGGCCAGAGCUGAACGAAGACCGGCUGCUCUUCAGUACGCUGUAUUCUCUGUGGCAGCUACGUUUUGUCAGCAAUUUUUUGAGGAUGGUGGUGUUGAUGAAUCAGGACGAGAAUCAUCUGCUCGACAGCUUACAGUCCUAGUGACAGGGACAUCCUGCGUCCUCAUUUACAACUACUACACAAGCAGCGUUGUCAGUUGGCUGCUGAAUGGACCACCUCCUUCCAUCAACUCCCUGCAGGAACUUCUUGAGAGCCCACUGUGUCUGAUAUAUGAGGAUAUAGGGUACACGCGUUCGUGGUUACAGAAUCCAACAUAUUACUACAAUAAAAAGAAUGCCGAAGUGGAGGACAAAUUGAAGUUUAAAGUAUUUAGGAAAAAGAAGGGAGAACCCUUACUAGUACCUUUGGAGAAAGGCAUCGAAAUGGUGAAAGCAGGAGGCUACGCAUAUCACACGGAAGUAUACAACGCGAAUAUGUUAAUAUCUCGCAAUUUCAACCAGGAGGAACUUUGUGAGCUAGGCUCCCUCCAAUCUAUGGAAAAGACAGAUCUUUAUAUGGCUAUACCCAAGGACAGCCCUUAUAAAGAGUUUUUUAACUGGAAUAUCUUGCGUUUGUUUGAAACGGGAGUGGUUUCCCACAUUCAGCGGCAGGCACAAAGUCCUGAGAUAUCCUGCGAAGGCAGUUCUCCCAGAGCCUUGGCACUUGGUGGUGCCGCCCCUGCAUUCCUGCUUCUAGCUUUUGGAUACCUUCUGGCGGUUAUCAUUGUUCUAAUCGAAAGACUUGUCGCAAGGAACGAGUUAAAGUUAAUAAAAAAUAUUAAGAAUCGUAUGAUACACGGAUACAAUUACUGAAGAACUAAAUAAAUACAUAAGGUACAGCGGAACAAUUUCGACUGGGGAGCAAAUACGACUUAUCCAUUUUUUCCAUGAUUGCAUUAUCAAUUAGAGUGUCCACUGGUUAUAAAAAAAUUAGCAAAAUUUAAUAACAUAGAAUUUUAAGACCUGAAUACGUGCAUUAUAUUAUUAGGAUUCUUAGUCGUUAAUAGAACCGGAACCACUUAUUUUGUAUUAAGUUAAUUGGAACACCCCGUAGGUACAUGGCACGCAUGUUCAGUGGAUACAUGCGGAACGGUUCACUAUUAUCUGGCAGAAACUUUUUACGCAUAUAUUUGAUUCGUGUAAUAGUUCUUGGCAGAAGUCAAGUUUGGCAGAAACACCU